AUGUACCUUUCCUAUUUUCUCCCGAUUUCUAUUUUAUUGCUAACUAGCUAUGUUUCAUCGGAUGACAAUAUUAUAAUGCCUUACGAAAGAUUCCAAUAUGAUCUCGAGAAGUUUCUACCAGUUGUUCAGCAAGAAGUCGAUUUUGCCGAGUUGUCCAGUUUGACGGAUGAUCAAGCCUAUGAACAAAUAAAAAGUUUCUUCCCAACAUUGCGAUUGAGAGUCCAGCAGUUGAGAAAUACUGGAAUCACCGCUGAUGAGAAGAGAAGAAAAAACAAGGAGGGUGCCGACCAAAUGUGCGGUCAGGGACACAAUUUCGGUUAUUUAAUAGUGGACCAUAAAUUGAGAAAUAUUCAAAAUGUCCUCGUCAAAAAACGAAUCACAGUGGCGAACAACCUGAAAAUGCUAACCGACGUUAAAAAUGCACUGGCCAAUUGGCAACAAUCUUCAAAGUUCCCAUGCAAAUAUGUCCAUCCAAAACAUGGAUAA